AUGGAAUUGGAUAAUUUUGGUAUGGAUUUUGAGGACUACUUUCCAUCCAUGAUUGGAAGUUUAGGAGCAGAAGGGUUUAUUGGAGAACUUUGCAAUGGGUUUCGUUUGCUCAUGGAUGUGAACAAAGGUCUUAUAACAUUUGAGAGCUUGAAGGUGAAUUGUUUCAUGCUUGGUUUGGAGGUUAGGGACGAUGAACUCUUGUGCAUGCUAAUGGAAGGUGAUUUGGAUGGAGAUGGUGCUUUGAAUCAAAUGGAGUUUUGCAUUCUCAUGUUUAGGUUGAGUCCAUGUUUAAUGGAUGGACCUAAAUUGUGCACUAAUACUCAUCAAGGUGUGGAUCCAAUGUUAAUGUAA